UCGAUCCAGAUGUCGAGCUUGUCUCUGUCAGUGCGUAUAAGUGUUCCGAAAGAAGAUGACUCACCUUAAGGUCGGCGUGCGCGUGCGACCACUCUCGACAAGGGAGAUCGAGCGCGGCUCUUGCGGGGUGCUGGAGGUGGAGGACGACGGGAGGACGGUGGCCGUGACGAAUAUCAAGGUGCCCGAACAGCACGCCGGCGACAGCCGCAAGCGCACCAGGAGGUUCACCUUCGACUUCUGCUUCCACCAGAAUUCCACGCAGGACGACGUGUUCCGAGCUGUUGAGAGCGUCGUCGGCGAGGCGAUCAAGAAGAGGCGGCACUCCUGCGUCCUGGCGUACGGACAGAGCGCCUCGGGGAAGACGCACACGAUGAUGGGGUUCCCCCACGACCCGGGGCUGAUUCCCAAGCUGUGCGAGAGGAUUUUUGGGUACUUGCUGGAGGCGGCGGUCGGGGAGGAGGUGGACAAGGCGAAGGUGGACGUGAGUUAUUUGGAGAUUUACAACGAGAAAGUGCGCGAUCUGCUGCACGAAAACGACAAGUGUGCGCUGAAAGUGAGGCAGCAUCCGAAGAAAGGGCCCUAUGUGCAAGGUCUAACAUCGCACCCAGCCUACGAUUCCGCCAGUCUUUUCGGGCUGCUGGCCGCCGGCAACAACACCAGAAGAGUGGGCGCCACCCUCACCAACCCCCAGUCCAGCAGGAGCCACUCCGUCUUCAUAGUCGAGUUCGACGGGAUCAAGCUCACUCUGGUGGACCUAGCCGGGAGCGAGAGGGCCUCGAACCGCUGCUGCACCACCUCCAGGUUCCGGGAGGGCGCCAACAUCAACAAGAGCCUAGUGGCCCUCGGGAACGUCAUCUCCGCGCUAGCUGAAGACACCAAGUGUUCCAAGGGGAUCAGACGGAGGUUCAUCCCGUUCCGGGACUCGGUGCUAACAUGGCUAUUAAAAGAUACGCUAGGAGGAAACUCCGACACUGUGAUGAUAGCGACUAUUUCUCCUUCGAGUGAGUGCUACAGUGAGACGGUGAAUACUUUGAGAUUUGGGCAGCGUGCCAAACUCAUCGUGUCGAUUCCAGUAGUUAAUGAAGACCCCAAGGAACGGACCAUCCGAGAGCUAAGGGCGGAAAUUGCGCGAUUGAGGGAGCUUCUGAAGUCGGGACAGAUACCAAUGUCGAACGACCCGCUUAACACCACUGAGAAGCUCAUCCCCGUGAUGAGCUUCACGGAUAACAACAAACCCCCACAAGGGAGACUCCGGCGCACCUACAGCGUGGACCACUCGGGGAAAAAAAUGGAAGUGCCUAGUCGAAAAUUUGGCUCAGAGGAAGUCCUAAGAAAGAAAAGUACGAAAACGGAGAAGAGCCAAACCGACUUGAAACCCAAAGUGGAAGCUAAAGUAGACUCGAUUCGGAGAACACCCGUUAAACCCAGAUCCCAGAUAGUGGCCGCGGUCACUCAUCGACUGUACGCCAAAACCAAGAAGAAGGAAGCCUCGACGGACACCCACGACUUACCUAUUGCUUCCACCCCCAAAGAACUAAGCAUCUGCUCUAACGCUCGUCUUCAACUCAAAGAACUGACGAAGCGAGCCCUCAAAGCCCAGAAAGUCAAAAACGAAGAAACUCAAACCGAGCACUUCCCGGUUUUACGAGUCAAGGAAAUGGCGACGGAUGUAGACGAUUUGAAGUCGCUGUUGUACGAAGUGAAGGACGUGGAAACCUCGACGGUCGCGCUUACCACCGAAGACAAGGAAAUCAGCUGCACGUUCUUGGAUAGUCUGCAGAAUGCGUUCGUGGUAACGAGAAGCUGCGGAACGCAGUCCCAAUCCACCGUUUCCUUCACCAAGUACUUGCAAGAGCCACCAAAAGUGGAGGUUUUCAACCCCCAUACAGCCAACCCGAUUUAUACGUCGUCGGUGAAUAUUAACAUCUCCCACAACUAUAUUAACAAGCAAAGAAUCUUUGAUAGUGUUUCUGAGGAUAGUUUGGAUGAUCAGUCGAACGUGUGUUUCCCGACUCCUGAUUUGAUCAGCAACCACAACUCGCUAGAGCCUCAUAGUCACCCCUCCACGUCUAAAGAGUCGAUAGAAAGUAAGGUACGACACGCGACGUGUCAUAGUAUUGACGACCACCAAGAAGAAAUCGUCGAUUUUGUUGAAAUCAAACCCCCGACUUUAGUUGCCAAGUCUUCCACUAGCCCUCAUUGUCAAGAAAGGAUAAGUUCGAUCAACAUUCCUAGUGUUCACGCGCCGGAAGUCUACCACCAAGGGGAAACCCCCCAGAGGUGUCAACACUUCACACCUGCCGCUCCAGAAGUGGCGAAACCCAUCGUCAUUGACUGUAAGACAUACAGUGACGAUUGUAUCACUCUGGUCGAACCUAUGGUGUUAAAAUCAAUCAUGAAGCACAUCCCCGAAGCCACUAUAGAACCAGACGACCUCCCCGACUCCCUCGAAUACCACAAGAAAGUCCACUUCAACAAAACGUCUUGUCAGAACGAGAGGAUGAUGAAAGCCAUGUCUGGUUUCUUAGAGGAGGCCACCAUUCUCAUGAGUAAUUUGACACUAGCGGCGGCGCGGCUCGACCAAGACCAAGAAUACGACGUCCAAGUCACCGUCUCGGGUUUAGAACAGCGAAAAAAGAAAAGGAAGACACUUCGCGUUCUGAAGAACGCGAAAUGUCAAACCGACGACAUGUCAACCAAAACUAGCUGCGUCCAAACCGACGCCCCUUUGGACCUCACCAACAAGUACGACUUGCUUCUGGAGGACUCUUGUAGACGCCUGGAGGACAAAAUUGCUGCUGCUAGCGACGAUAGUUUGUACAACCCCUGGGAUCUCCUGCACGAAGACACGAGUUUGGAAAGCAACCCCAGGACGUCGUCGGACUACGGUAGUUUACCCAGACGACGAAAAAGACACUCGUCUUGUACUCCAAGUGCGUAUUUGAGGCAGCUCGCCACCAUGAGGCGACAAGUGGUGGAGGCUUCUCGCGAGGAACUUUCCAAUAAUAGUGAUACGUGAAGAUAACAUUGUAACGUUUUUA